AUGUUAGCUUACACACUCCUCCUCCUCCUCCUCUCCCUUCUCCUCCACACCUGUCGCUCCACGCCCCUCGUCCCCCGCUCCCAAGGAAUCUCUGUCUCCCCUGUAUCCCCGCAGACAGCGCCCGCAUCUAUCAUCCCAGGCUUCAACAACUCCACCGCCGUCGUCCUCCUCGUCGCCCUCGUCUCACUUGCCCUCGCUAUCCCCAUGUUUGUCUACAUCUGGCUCCGGCGGCGGCGGCUCCUCCGUGGCGGGCGCGGGGCGGGGGCAAUGGUGGUGGAGCGGAAGAUGUCAAUGGCAUCUAUGGCCUCCGACAGCCCCCUGAAUGCGCGGCGGAGAAGCACCGACUCAGGCGCAACGGGGGGUAGUAAGGAGAGCGGGCCGGCAAUACCAAAGGUGGUUGUGGAGGACACCGAUCCAGCGGAGGCAGAGCCCAAGACGCCCCGGACGCCGAAGGGGCCGGUCAGGACCGAGACUUCGUCGACGACGGGGACGGCCAUGACACUGGUUGCGCGGCCGGUGCAGAUCUCGGUGAAGCCGAUUAGGGCGGUGGAGAUCAUGGUGAAGCCGGCGAAGUCGGCGAGGGAGGCGCUGUUUAGGGUUAGUGCUUCGUGGGAGAAGUUGAAGGGUUGA